ACUGGGAGCAUAUAUUUAUAGAAGGGGAAAAUAAAAUACGUCGAUUAAACCAUAGACUUCGGAGGAGUAUUCGAAGGAGAAAAGGCUGAAGAAAGUUCGGCACAUUUGGCCACACAUUACCAAGACUUGCGAUAACUCCCAAACUCCCCCAUUUUUAUUCUUUCCUGCUUUAUCCCCUUCCUUUCUUCAGAUUGACUUGUAUUUAUUUAAUUAACCAUCGCACCAAGAUUUUCUAUUCUUUAAUUGGUGGAUUACAAUCGUAUACUCACCGAAUUUAAUAGUCUGAGAGACGACCCAGAUGAGUUCUUGAACCAACUAAUAAGAGACUAUUUAAUUUCGACGAUUGAAGUUUUCAGAGUGGACAGUGGGAUCACCAUUGAUGGUGGUUGAUGAAUAUUAAAAGAUCAUCUCUGUAUGGCUUCUAGGGUUUUCUCUAAUUUAUCUUUAAAUUGAAAAUCCUGGGUGUUUGGAUAUUGGGAAUUUGUGUUCAAGAGAAAGUGGAAGAUGUCUGGAGUUCAAGAUUCACUGGAGAUUAAAUUUCGUUUGAUUGAUGGAUCCGAUAUUGGUCCGAAGAGCUUUCCAGCAGCCGCAAGUGUUGCAACCUUGAAAGAAAGCAUCCUUUCUCAAUGGCCUAAAGAGAAGGAGAAUGCUCCACGGACGGUAAAAGAUGUAAAGAUAAUUAGUGGUGGGAAAAUAUUGGAGAACAACAGAACGGUAGGAGAAUGCAGGAGUGCUUUAUGUGAUGUCCCUGGUGGAAUCACAACCAUGCACGUCGUUGUUAGUCAGCCACCCCAGGAAAGAGAAAAGAAAGUGACGAGUAACCUGAAACAGAACAAAUGUGCGUGUGUUAUAUUAUGAGAAGCAACGUCCAGGGUCACAUCCUUUGCAGAUAAAGAUUGCUGGUGUGGUGUUACAGAUGAUACUGCAGUUGAUGAAUGGCUGGACAAGGAAGAAUCUUGAAUUUAAAAAAGAAAAACUCAGGAACAUUAAAAGGAAAAAGGCAAAUGAUGAGGAAAAUAUGUAUUAUACAAGUUACCAGCCGACGUAUUUAUACAAUUAGUUUGUUUUUCAAGCUCUGUGUUUUGCGUAUUUUGUGGGUUUGCGAAUUUUACUCCAAAACACUCACCU